AUGGCUACCGCUACCACUCUAGGUCGACCUGCAGAGCAGUCCAGUCUGUCUUAUCAUCAUCUACGCCGACCGUCUAGCUCAAGUGGGAGCCGACAGGCCUACUCUGCUGAGCAGCCGAGCUACUCGUCUGCAGCUACAGCUACUACAGCCGCCGCUAUGGAGCAUCCCUCUCGCCCAUCCCCGCCUCUCUUGGCAGGACCCUCGCUGCCAGCGUCAGCGUCUCGUCUGCAAGGAAGGCAACAGCAGGUAGACGUAGGAAGUAGGGGCAUCAAGAGGAGCGCGGAAGCAGCAGAGGCGGACGAGGGCAGGCGAGACGACUACCCAGGCUACUCGACCUACUCUCGAGGCUCGAGCAGGAGCACAGCAUUGCCCUCGGCAUCUCUCUCCUCGUACUCUGCGAUGCCUCCCAUGCGUACGCAGUUGCCUUCCUUCGACAGCUUCUCCUCCUCGGGGGUCAAAGGUAGCAGCGAUGACUUCCUGCCCAAGAGGCCAAGGGAUUCGUAUACGAUGGACAGCGCUGCGAGGUCAUCUUCCUUUCACUCUCCCCGCACAAUCGCAGCACUCGACGUCAACCAGGCAGACCAGGACCGGCAGACACAUCACUACUAUCACAAUCACCAACAACGGACAUUGCCGCCCAGGGGCAGUAGUCUCCUCCCGCGCGCGCGCAACCACGAUGACGUCCAGCCCGACGCUCCUUCCCACCGCGAUGCUUCCCCACACCAGCCUUCCCCUCCCCGCGAACACCCAGAUUCUUCCUCUACCUCGCAUCCCGGUCAACAGUAUCCUCACUCGCAGCAAGAGUCCCAGUAUCAGCGCCAACGGCAGCACUACGACUCGAUGCACGCACCAGAUGAGGCUGCAUACUCUGUCACCUCCUCCUCGUCCUUCGAUGGCAGUAGCAUGCCAUUGGCCAUGAGGAGAGGAGACGCAGCCCAUGCCAAGGCGAGCAAGCUGCACAUCGAUGUGCCGACUACUGCCGCUGCUCCCACUACUGCACCCACUGCCGUCUACGAGUACCAUCGCGGAACCACUGGCAGCCGGGCAUCAGCUCCUCGAGCUUCCGAGCUGCCCUCGCAUGCUUCCCUGCCGCAACUGUCACAGCAGCGAGCUUCAGAUGCCGGUCCGGUAUCCAGAAGCGCACCUCCCACUCGAGUCGCUUUCUUGGACAGAAGCGAGGGAGCAGGUGGCCCCAUUGACCCUCGUGGCGAAGGGAGCAGAGCUUCGGAGAGCAGGUACUCACGGCAUCCGCAUCAUCAUCAUCAGCAGCAGCAGCAUCGCCAGCAGCCGAAUUACUCUCCGCAUGCUCGGUCCAACGCCAGCGACCUUCCUGGUAGCGCCGACAGCAACGAUGGAGCAGUCGCAGCAGCUGGGCCAGCCUCGCCGCGUCUGCAGAGCCCUUCGGGCGUCGAAGCACGAACAUACGGUUCGGCUUCGGCUGGCGGUGCCUCGCAUACCGCAUACCAGCAUGCCUCUGCAUCGCGAGGGCCAGCUUUGACGCCCAUUUCCUCUCGCUUUGCUCCGCACACGGCUACCCUGCCAUCACCAGCAUACCACACCGCACGCCUCGUUGGCGGCGGCAGCGUAGGCGCCAAUGACCACUCCUCACACGGCCGCCCUUCAGCCUCGGGCGCAGCGGCAGCAGCAGCCCCAGGAAUCGAUACCGUCCCCGUCUCUAGCUCCAGCACCUCUCCCUCCCCCAUCACCCACGCUCUCGCCUCCAAGGCUCAAUUCCUCUCCCUCUUCUCCUCCUUCUACGACUCUCUAAGCGACUCCCGCACCCUCAAGCUCACACUCGAGGAUCAAGUGCGAAGGAGUAAUGCGUUGUUGCAGACGUUGCAGAAGAGUACGAGGGUGUUGGAGGCGACGGUUGAGCGCAAGUUGGCCGAGGAGAGGGCAGGGUGGGAGGUGAGGGUAGGAAGGCUUGAGGAGGAGGUCAAGAGUCUUACUGCUAAGCUAGCAGGGGAGCAGGUGCUGGAGAUGGAGGAUGGGGCAGAUCAGGAAGACGAGGCAGAGGAGACGGCGCGAGUACGUCAAGAAAGCGAGACAGCUCAGUCCCUCGAGGAGGAAGUUGUGCAGAAGAGGUCUCCCUCCUCUGCUUCUGCAGCGAGCGGCAGCCGAGCCCCUUCUGUCGCAGUGGCCGUCACUACGGAAAAGGUCGAGUCCUAG